AUGUCGUUCCCUAGACACGAUAUAUCACAAUCGUUCAACUUCCCGAAGGAGGAGGAAAAAGUUAUUGAGUACUGGCGCCAGAUCGACGCGUUCCGGACCAGUUUGGAGUUAUCUGAAGGGAAGCCUGAGUACGUAUUCUUUGACGGGCCACCGUUUGCAACUGGAUUGCCCCACUACGGUCAUCUGUUGGCGGGUACCAUCAAGGACAUCGUCACUCGAUAUGCUCACGUCUCCGGUUAUCAUGUCACCCGUCGCUUUGGCUGGGACACUCAUGGUCUUCCGGUAGAGCAUGAGAUAGACAAGAAGCUUGGAAUCACUGGAAAAGAAGACGUGAUGCGUAUGGGCAUCGACAAAUACAACUCGGAAUGUCGCUCGAUCGUCAUGAAGUACGCAUCCGAAUGGCGCACGACGGUAGAACGCAUGGGGCGCUGGAUUGAUUUCGAUAACGAUUACAAAACUCUCAACACCACCUUCAUGGAAAGUAUUUGGUGGGCCUUCAACGAGCUUUGGAAGAAGGACCUGGUCUAUCGUGGCACUCGUGUGAUGCCUUAUUCUACCGGUUGCACCACCCCACUGUCGAACUUCGAGGCUGGAUUGGAUUAUAGGGAUGUCAAUGAUCCUGCCAUUACUGUUUCUUUCCCUCUCGUAGAAGAUCCCACGACAUCGCUCGUAGCAUGGACGACCACCCCAUGGACAUUGCCCUCAAAUCUCGGGUUGUGUGUACACCCGGAUUUUACUUACAUAAAAAUCCACGACGAAGAUAAAGGUGUCAAUUAUAUCCUUUGUGAAAAGCUCCUGGGGACGCUUUACAAGGAUCCAAAGAAGGCGAAAUUCAAGAAAAUUACCACCUUUAAAGGCUCGGAUAUGAAAGGCUGGAAAUAUGUACCGUUGUUCGAGUACUUCACUGAGCAGGGAACCCGAGCUUUCAAGGUAGUCACUGACUCUUAUGUGACGGAUGAAGACGGUACGGGCAUCGUUCAUCAAGCACCGGCCUUCGGCGAGGACGACCACCGCAUUGCCAUUGCAAACGGGAUUGUAGCGCCUGAAGAGUUGCCACCAUGUCCGCUAGACGACGUUGGUAGGUUCACUAAUCCUGUCACUGAUUAUUUGGGCCUGUACGUCAAGGAUGCGGAUAAGGAAAUUCAGAAGCAUUUGAAGGCAAAGGGACGACUUUUAGUGCAAUCAAAUACUAAACACUCUUAUCCGUUUUGUUGGAGAUCUGGAACACCUUUGAUUUACCGCGCUAUACCAUCCUGGUUCGUAAGGGUACAGCCUAUCAGGGACCAACUUGUUGCAAAUAACAGGGAGACUUUAUGGGUACCCCAGACAGUGGGAGAUAAUCGUUUUGGCAACUGGUUAGCCAGUGCGCGUGACUGGAACAUAUCCAGAAAUCGGUACUGGGGAACACCGUUACCCCUCUGGGUCAGUGAAGACUACGAAGAGAUCGUCUCAGUUGGAUCCAUUGCAGAGUUAGAGGCAUUGUCCGGCGUGACCGGAAUAACGGACCUACAUCGAGACAAGAUCGAUCACCUUACAAUACCCUCGAAGAAAGGCAAAGGCAUGUUGAGACGAGUGGAAGAGAUAUUCGAUUGCUGGUUUGAGUCUGGAAGUAUGCCGUACGCGCAGGUUCAUUAUCCAUUCGAAAAUAAAGAGUUCUUCGAGAAUAAUUUUCCCGGUGAUUUCGUUUCCGAGGGUAUUGACCAAACGCGAGGGUGGUUCUACACGCUCCUGGUGUUGUCAACCCACCUCUUUGGAAAAGCACCCUGGAAGAACUUGAUCGUUACCGGUCUUGUCCUUGCGGCUGAUGGCAAGAAAAUGAGCAAGAGCUUGCGAAACUAUCCUGAUCCUAAGCUUAUGUUCGAUGUCUACGGAGCGGACGCUGUGAGGAUGUUCCUUGUCAAUUCUCCUAUCGUCCGGGGUGACAAUCUUCGGUUCCGAGAGGAAGGGGUCCGGGAAGUGGUUUCGCGUGUUAUGCUUCCGUGGGUGAACGCAUGCCGUUUCUUCCUUGGACAAGCCAAUUUGUUGCAUAAGACUGCUGGCAUAGAGUUCAAGUAUAAUCCCCAAGUGCCGCUUUCAAAUAAUGUCAUGGACCGCUGGAUUCUCGCCCGCUGUCAAUCGUUGAUUCUUUUGUUCCGAACGGAGAUGGCGGCGUACAGACUUUAUACCAUCCUCCCCCGUCUGCUAGAUCUUGUAGAUGAACUGACAAACUGGUACAUCCGAUUCAACAGACGCAGGUUGAAAGGUGAAGAUGGUUCGGAGGAUGCCGUUACUGCGCUUAACACCUUAUUCGAAACUCUCUUCACCCUGUGUCGCACUAUGUCUUCAUACACUCCGUUCUUGACAGAGAACCUUUAUCAGGCUCUUCGCCCUUACUUGCCGGAAGAUCCGUCGGUCCCAGACCCCCGGUCCAUCCACUUCCUCAGUUUCCCCGAAGUGAAGCAAGAGUACUUCGAUGUUGAGAUUGAGAGACAAGUUCAGCGGAUGCAGGCUGUCAUCGAUCUUGCACGGAACAUUCGUGAACGACAUAAUCUAUCGCUGAAGACCCCCCUGAAGGCACUAUUGGUCUUUCAUCCCGAUGCGCAAUACAUAACGGACGUAUUAUCUCUCCAGCGGUACAUCCAAUCUGAACUCAACGUCCGCGACAUUGUUUUCACAUCUGACGAAACAAUGUCUGGUGUACGCUAUCGCGCAGUAGCAGACUGGGGUGUCCUUGGCCGUAGACUUCGCAAGGAUCUUGGACGUGUCAAAAACGCGCUUCCUAGUGUGUCAAGCGACGCCGUGAAAGCAUACAUCGACACGGGAAAAAUUACUGUUGACGGAAUCGAGCUCAUCACCGGUGAUUUGACCGUUCAGCGAUACCUCGAACUGCCACCCGCCUCCGAGGGCCAGUACGCUACACACACAGACAAUGACGUGGUUAUUCGACUGGACGUUCAAGUGCAUCCCGAGCUCAUGAGUGAAUGGCUUGCGAGGGAGUUCAUCAACAGAGUGCAAAAGCUGAGGAAGAAGGCCGGCUUGCAGGCAACAGACGACGUAGAAGUAUAUUACAGGUUCGAAGACGAUUCAGGUGUAGAGCUGUUGAAGGCACUUGAGGAACACGCAGAGAACAUCCAAAGGACCAUCAGGAGCACCCCGAGAAGUGCAGGAGAACGUAAUGGAGGUGACUUGAUUGCAGAAGAAGAGCAGGAGGUGGCAGAUGUUAAAUUCCGGCUAACGCUAGUAAAUCUGUGAGGAAAUUCUGGUUAGAUGAGUGCUGGAUACCCGUUGUGCGACUAGAAUACACUGAUUGUAAGGAGUAAACGUUAAUAUGCGCCGGAAGGAGGGUCCAACAUGACAGGGGAAGAACUGGUGAAGAGACAGGGUUAGUUCACUUCUUGGAAGACCCGAACCCCCCAAAGCCCAUAAG